AUGGCGGGUCCAGAAGUGAAUCAACUAUCGUCGGCGCAGUGUAUACUGCUGACGGUGCACUAUGCCAGCGAGGCCAACAUCCGGGCACUGUAUGCAUUUACGCCUUUGCGACUGGAUGUGCUGUCGCCCGAGCUGGUAUUGCGCAUCGUGUUAAGCUACCUGCCCGAGACGGUCGACCCGUCUCUGUACACGACUUAUGUGCGCGAAGUGGCCACUCGCAUCUACCUGGAGCAACAGGAGCCCCUCAAAGUCGACCCAUCUCCCGUAACCUCUCUGUCGCCCGAGCAGGCGCAAAGGCGCGUCAACAAGCUGAACAUCUCCGAUCUCAGUCCGCCGGCAUUCCCUCCUCAUGCUCCCAACGACCUGUUGACCCGCUUCGUCAUCCACCGAGCAAACCGCAUCGACAGUGAGACCGGUCUCUUGACGCUGGUCCCACGCUUGGCCGAGCCCUUCCUUGACACCAACGAGUACAUACGCACCUGGUACGUUGCAGUCGUGCUGCCUCUGCUCCGCUUCCGCUACGAAUACUACCCCGACACCAAAGACCCGCCGACUCUCCCUAGCUUCGAGAAGCUUGACGGCCAGCACGGCAUCGACCUGCUGCUAUCAAAUGUGACCCACGUCGAUCAUGAAAUCACUUCGUCGACAGAAUCCGAAGGCAUAGCUGCCAGGGACACAAGAGCCAUGGUUGGCCCAUGGAUGUAUGGUCAUACAGAGCGAAAGAGACGCCGGCUAUACAACAAGAAAGAUGACAAACCCGAUGUCAAGCAUCAUGACCAAGACACUGUCCGAUCGCCUCCACGUACCGCCUUCAUUAAACUCGAUGGCGUAUCAAAAGAAGACAAGACGGGCCAUGAUUGGGAGUAUGUCUUUGAGUGGAUGGUACACAAUGCUGUCGAUGACUUUGCCGUAGUCACCAACCUCAUCGAGGAGUGGGAUGGUCCUGGAGAUGUUGAUCUCGGCGGCUUCCACAAUCCACAGACCUAUCUUGACGAUGACACGCAGGCCAAGCUCGAGCGACAGUAUGCACAAGCUACCUUUGCCUCGUGCUAUGCUGCUCAAGCCGACACUCCGGAGACAAUCGAUGGCGCUCAUGGAAUUCUUGUCCGUCUGGCCCAGCUGCUCGACUUUGAGCCUCCUCCCGAACUUGCAACCAGUGUCAAACAGCUACCCAAAGUUGACAAGCAUGCUGAGUUGUUGCACUCUACCGACUCCACUAUAUACCUAGAGCCUGACGUUCUCCUCCGUCCCGAACAUCCUCUGGCAACUCCCAAGCUCGAAACAUACAUGCUCUUACAAAUGAUGGUUUACUCAGCAUACCAAUUGGCCGGACUAGGUCACAGUAUCUCAAUCCUGAACGUUGCCAAGUUGCGUUUCUUUGCGACCCAGGAUGAACAGCUUGCUCUUCUGCUCAAGAUUGUGCAUGGCUUGGCUGCCAAAGGAAAACGUGACGAUCAUCAAUGGCAACAUGAUUAUGACAAGUUGAUCUGGCUGUGGAAUUGGAACAUUGAGCUUGAAGACGAAGGCCUUAAGGGUGCUGGCAUCUUUGGUCAUAUCGAGAAGACGACCAUCGAACGCGAGUUCCUCAAGGUUCUGGUCUCAAAUGGAUGUUACUCGCUGGUCGAUCGUCUUUACUUUGCAACGUCAGACUCUCGCAAAAUCAAUGCGGAUCAAAUCGAGAAGGUCGUCCUUGACCAGGCAAUGCAACUCUACGACAAUGCCAGCAAUGGCAACAAGACAAGGGGCAACAUGAAGAAGGCUCAAGAUUUGAUCAUACAUUGUCAACGUCACUAUCUCGAGAGCGCCGAGUUCAAGAAGGCGCUGGCAUUGAUUGCAGCAACGCACUCGAUGUCCUUCUACUCACUGACCCUGCAACACGGUGUUCCGUUCCAGCCCGUAAACAUCCGCGCUAGCUUGGAUCCUCUAUCGCUCCUUCCAAAACUGCUCGAGCAAAACGCAAACAGCUACACAAAACUUGAUGACCUCAUAGGAAUCGGUCGCAAUCUGAUUGCUGCCGGUCUACCACUUCGCAAUGCCGACGGCGAUCUCAUCGACCGCAGUCUGGAGACAGACAUUGACAGAAAGACCAAGCUCUCAGUUGCCGAGAAGAGAGUCAUUUACAUGUGUGUCGAGUCUGCACUCACAGUCGGUGAUUUCGAGACAGCCUACUCGUACGUAGUCAACAGGCUAGCACCUCAAGACACGAUUCCGUCAUCCGUGUCCGGAGCAGACGAACACCCAGAGAUGCAAGAAGACGACAUAUCUUGGCGCGCCGCUUUCCUCGCCGGCCGCUACAGACCACAAUCGAACGCCCAACCCACCCUCCGCCGCCUAGAUCAACGCACCGAAUUGCUAAGUCUAGCCCUCCUGCUCGCGCCGCCCUCCUCUCUCUCCGAAGUCCUGAAUAUAUGGCGUCGCUGCGAGGAAGAAACAAACGCCCUCCUCGCUGCAGAGACGGAAGCGGAAGAAGACUUUGACGAUCGUGCUGACAAACGCAUCUCCGUCCCUGGAGGCUUUUCGGACGUUUCGACCGAAGGCAUGGUAUUCGGACAGCCUAGGCGAGAGGUUGGAAGGUCGAAUGCGGAAGCUAGACGGGGUGCUGAUGAAGAGGCGCCGAUGGGAUUGUUCGAUGUCGCCCGUGGAGCGGCAAAGGCUUUUAGCAGGAAUGCAUUCCCCUUGCGUGGUGCCGCUGGGGCUGCAUCGCAACAACAGCAGCAUCAGCAGCCAUCACAGGCGCAGGUCGACAGGAUGGCAACCGGUGAGGGUUUGCAUGAAGGUAUGGAUGAGAGUGGUAGAGUGCGCAGGCGAGACAUGAUUGCAAGUACCGUGACCGGCGGUUUGGCAUCUGGUAUCGGAUGGAUGUUGGGUGCCACUCCUGUUGACAGGAGCGCUGCUGAGGAUCGCCGAUGA